UUUUUAUGAUUGAAAAUGAAGUAAGAUCUGUGGAGCAUGAUCUUAUCAUUUAGUCAGGUCAAUUAUGAAAAUAACAAUUCAUCACCAUACGUACAUGUCUUGUAGCAACAAAAGAAAUCCCAUUUUGGUAGUAGUAGUUUCGUGCGUACCUAGAAUUACGGUUUAAUAGUAACAGCAAAAAUUGUGCCUUGUUUUUUUGUUGUAUUGCGCGUGUACCGUUGCAAGUGAUAACACACAACACAACAUAACCAUGGUUGUUACAACAACGAGAAUCUCUUCAUUAUUACACUGCACACACACAUUUCCUCAGCACCACAGAGACACUAUCAUUACUACUACAACAACAACACUCAACAGUAGAAGAAGAAAAGGUUCAUUGCGUGUAUCAAUGGCGGCGGUGAAAGAAGUGAUGGUGGUAAUGGAAGAAGAAGAGAAGAAGAAACUUCAGUUAGGUAUUGCUGAGUUUUACGAUGAGUCUUCUGGUAUAUGGGAGAAUAUUUGGGGUGAUCAUAUGCAUCAUGGUUUUUAUGACCCUGAUUCUACUGUUUCUGUUUCUGAUCAUCGUGCUGCUCAGAUCCGUAUGAUUGAAAACUCUUUGACUUUUGCUUCUCUCUCUGAGGAUCAAUCAAAAUGGCCAAAGAGUGUAGUUGAUGUUGGGUGUGGCAUAGGGGGCAGUUCAAGGUACCUGGCCAAGAAAUUUGGGGCAAACUGUGUAGGCAUCACUCUCAGCCCUGUUCAAGCUGAAAGAGCUAAUGCUCUAGCUGCUGCUCAAGGAUUAGCCGAUAAGGUUUCCUUUCAAGUUGCUGACGCUCUACAACAACCAUUCCCUGAUGGCCAGUUUGAUCUAGUGUGGUCAAUGGAGAGCGGAGAGCAUAUGCCUAACAAACCAAAGUUUGUUGGAGAGUUAGCUCGGGUAGCAGCACCGGGUGGCACCAUAAUAAUAGUAACAUGGUGUCAUAGGGAUCUUCGCCCGGAUGAAGAAUCCCUACAACAAUGGGAGAAGGAUCUCUUGAAGAAGAUAUGUGAUUCAUUUUAUCUUCCGGAGUGGUGCUCAACUGCUGAUUAUGUCAAAUUACUUGAAACCAUGUCCCUUCAGGACAUCAAAUCAGCAGAUUGGUCUCCCUUUGUUGCUCCAUUUUGGCCAGCAGUGAUACGUUCAGCAUUAACAUGGAAGGGUUUCACCUCAAUCUUGCGGAGUGGACUAAAAACUAUAAAAGGAGCUUUGGCUAUGCCAUUGAUGAUAGAAGGAUUUAGGAAGGGUGUGAUUAAGUUUGCCAUUAUCACAUGUCGAAAGCCUGAAAACGCAGAUGGUCAAUGAUUUUAUAUGAUGAAACAGAAUUCCUACAUGUCAUUUAUUUUGAUAGUUCACACAAAACAAAUAAGAAAUAAAGAAUACGUGUUUCUGCCAUGUCAGAUCCAACUGUGAUUGAAUAAUUGAAGGAAAGAUGUAAGCUAGUUCCUGUUGUGUAGCCUCCAAUCGAAAUGUCAGUUCAAUUUUCCUUUGUUCAA